GUUUAUGGAAUGCCGGUAUAAAACUUGGGCCCCAAAUGGCUGCCCCAAUCAGUUUGCGAUAGUUGCGGUUCUAGCUAAGUUAUACGAUUAGUGAAAGCGCAUUUGCAAAAUGCUGAAAAUCGUUCUGCUGGCCGCAGUGGGCGUGUCCGCUGUGUCGGCUCAGAUCUUCGGUGCCGAAUCGUAUGGAUCGGGGCUGAGUGAUGGCGGAUAUUCCGGGUACAACUUCGGGGGAGGCGAUUCACAUCACAAGCAGUAUCACUACGCGUAUCCCAAGUACAAGUACGAGUACGCGGUUCAGGAUCACAAAACCGGCGAUCACAAAAGCCACUGGGAGACACGCGAUGGCGAUGUUGUUUUGGGCCAGUACAGACUUUUUGAGCCGGACGGUUCGGAACGCAUCGUGGAUUACAAGGCCGAUAAGCAUUCCGGGUUUGAAGCAAAGGUGAAGCGUGUUAACCACUUGGCCUCACAUCCGCAACUUUACGGCUCGAGUGGCUCAAGCGGUGGCCAUGAAGAGAGCUUCGGAUUUGGCAACUUCGACGGAAGCCCUUCCUUCAACUUUCUCUAGAGCAACCCUUGGCAGCACCUCCACCUUCCCUUGAGAAGGUCCAGGUUUGGUAUGCUGCCAGGUUGAUCUGCUGAGGCCAUAUGUGUUCUGUUUACUUUUAAUUGCUCCCUAAAGACUGAUCGUUACGCUGCUCAUGUGCCUGAAGACUUUGCGCCAUGCGGAGAGUCGUCUUAAGCUAUCGUUUUAACUUACCGACUAUCGUUAACUGUUUUCGACUAUCCUUAUAAUCCCUCAAUAAAAUGUGCGAAUUGUAAAAAACCAA